AUGCGUCGAAUAGUUCAAAAAUUCUCAGGAAAUGUUGUGGCUUCUCGCCUGGCUGGGCGUCUCCCGGUCGUGGGCGUGAGCCUUCGCAUAGGGAGUGUUUUACCCCUGCAGGCGGCCUGUCGCUAUCAAUCCCAAAGCACUUCCAAUGUCGAAAACCCCGUGGACGCCCCGGAGGACCUCAAGGCGAUGGAAAACUUUGAUGAGGACGUUAUUGUUGAACCGAUCCCGGACCUGACCAAGACCGCCACUACGAAAGAUGCGAACACGACAGAGGAAUCGGCGAAACCCGCGGUCGAUGCGGAGAAAGUCGUGGGCGAAAGCACUGAGUUGGGCUUCAAAACCGAAACUCUCCAACUGCUCGACAUUGUCGCGUGCAAUUUGUAUAGUGACAAGGAGGUCUUCAUCCGCGAGCUCGUAUCUAAUGCCAGUGAUGCACUGGAGAAGCGCCAUCUGUUAGAGGUUAGUAAUCCCGAUUAUGAGCGAGAAUCCGACGACGAGGCCCCGCAUAUCUCCAUCAGGUGCAAUCAAAGCAAAAGUCGCUUUGUGAUUCGCGAUACGGGCAUCGGGAUGACGAAAGAGGAACUUAUCGAAAAUCUCGGCACGAUUGCCGGAUCCGGUAGCAAGGCCUUUGUGCGUGAACUACAGAACAGCGGCAAGUCCGCCGCGGAUAAUAUUAUUGGACGAUUCGGUGUUGGUUUCUACGCCUGUUUUAUGGUCUCUCGCUAUGUACGAGUGUACAGCCGCAGUUCCAAGAAGGACUCCAAAGGCCACCUAUGGGAGUCCGACGGAACGGGAAGCUUCAAGAUCACAGAGUGCGAGGGCGUUGAAAAGGGCACGAAGAUUGUGUUGGAUGUGAAGGACACUGAGCUAUCCUUCUGCACGCCGCAGGUGGUGGAGCGGGUUUUGAAGAAGUACAGCAACUUCGUUUCCUAUGAAAUUACCCUGAAUGGCGGGAAGGUGAACACCGUUGAGGCCCUAUGGGCAAAGGAAAAGAACGAAGUCUCCGAAGAAGAACACAUCGACUUUUACAAGUUUAUCUCCGGCAGUUAUGACAGCCCCAUGUUUCGUCUGCAUUAUUCCAUCGAUGCCCCGUUGAGCGUACGGGCGCUGCUGUACGUACCUCAGUCCCACACGGAGAAAUACGGCGGCGGCCGGAUGGAAUGCGGCGUCAAUUUGUAUUCCCGACGCGUGUUGAUUCAAUCCAAACCCAAAAGCCUUCUCCCGGAUUGGCUGCGUUUCUUGAAAGGGGCAGUGGAUAGCGAGUCAAUUCCUUUGAACGUUUCACGGGAGCACACACAGGACGGUAGCAUGAUGCGUCGGCUCUGCACCGUCCUCACCAAGCGCGCGAUCCGUUGGUUUGAGGAGGAAAGCAAACGUGAUCGCCCCAAGUACGAGCGUUUUAUCAGGGAGUACGGCCCUUUCUUGAAGGAAGGCAUUUGCACGGAUCAGAUACACAAGAUGGAUCUCGCGAAGCUUCUACGAUUCGAGACGACCAAGUCGGAUAUCGACUACCCCUACGUCUCGCUCGACGAAUACCGAGACCGAAUGCAGCCCAACCAGACUAAUAUUUACUACCUCGCCAGCCCCUCGAAGGAGAUGGCGCUGCAAUCGCCGUACUUCGAGCAGUACAGAGAGAACGACCUCGAGGUCCUCAUCUGCACGGAGCCGAUUGAUGAUUUUGUCAUGCAGCACCUCGAGACCUACGCGAAGCACCGGUUCCAGAACGUGGAGAUGUUUGACGCCGACAUGGACGGUUAUGUUCAGCACAAAAAGAAGACGCUCGGGGAUAAAGCGGAGGAUGUGAACAUCUCAAAGAAGCUAAGCGAGGUCCAGGUCAAGGCGCUGUGCGAUUUUAUCACCAAGCGAAUGGUCGGCCGCGUCGGCGUCGUGAAGGCGACGGACCGUCUGCGGGACAGCCCUGCGGUGUUGUCCGACCACGAGUCUUCCCAAAUGCGUAAGAUUUAUCGCAUGACCGGCCAGGCAACGGGACCCCCACCCAAGUACAAUCUCCAAAUUAACCCGCAGCACUCGCUCAUUCGCAAGCUCUAUACCAUGUCCCAGUCGGAGGCGAAUGAGACGGUGGAAACUGCGGGGCUGUUGUGUGAACAAAUUUUUGACAAUGCCAUAAUUGCCGCCGGCUUGUUGGAGGACCCACGGGCCAUUGUUUCGCGUUUGAAUAACAUCAUGUCGCGUAUGGUGGAAAGUGUUCCGGAACCGACCGCUGAUCAGUAG